AUGCCGAUAACAAAAUCUAUGGUGCAAAAGGCCAAGCGUGAUCGGGCUGCGGCCGAUGCUCAAGCUGCAGCGCAGAUAACAAAGCCUUCGAGAAAGCGUCAGCGUGAAGCAUACAAUGCCGUUGAACGCGAAGAAAAGGGGCCUUUUCAGACUCUAAUCAGAGAGACGAGAUCCCAGACUAGGAAGCGUCGAGCCCAAGAGUCCGGGGUUGGGUCAAGUAGACAGGCGACUCCUCCAAAGCGUCAACAACUAGGCCAAGGAUCAAAGGCAAGCAGAAGACGAACCGCUCCUCGUUCUUCAGGUCCCGCUAGCAGGACUAAGGGCUCACUGUCUUAUGCCGAGCCAGAUCCAAGGCAGUCAGCGCCGUCCACUUCUUUGCAGGCCGUCAGAUCUACGACUCAUAAUCAUGGGGAAAGUAUCCGGACGGUGUUCCCCGAGAAGCCGGCGCCAAGUGACAAAAGUAAUAAUGCAACAUCGAGGGGGGAUCAGAAACAAAAGGAUAAUUGCAAUCCUUCGGUAUAUCCUGCACAUCAUGACGAGAACCAGUCUCGAGUCCUAGCUGGCCAGACGAUUUCGGCAAUGACUAGCCAGCAGCCUGUGGAGGAUCGCUUCGACAUCUCUGCAGCAACUUCACAGAUAGUCAGCCUAUUCCCACAGUUUUAUGGGCAGGGUGUCCCCACGGCAUCAUCCUUCGGGCUUUCAGUUACCAGACCCUCAACCCCCAUUUUGACAGGAUGCGGAACUGAGACUAAUAAUGCUACUACAAGCGAGAUGGCUGAAAGCAGUAAAUACGGACCUGAUUCUGAAUCCGAGUCAACUGAACCCACUCUUAUCCAACGGAGUGCGGUUUCUGAGGCUACUAAUACCCAGCUAGGCGCUGCUUCUGAUACCACAGUAACGCCCGCAGCCUACUGUCGCAGGAGGAAGACCACUUGGAAAGACCGAGCGAGACUUCGAAAAGAAGCCCAGAAGAAAGCCAAGGAUGAACUCAAGGCCAAUAGAGGAUACGGAGUGGGCACAAAGACGACCGCGUUUCUUCACUGGAUACCAAUUCCGAGCGAUCGCAGCUACCUCCAAAAGAUAGAAUCAGCCCUCUGGCGCCGGAAUUCGAUGAAGGGUGAGAGGGGUAAAGGGAGAGGCUACCGCGAUGCCUGGUGGUGGCAUUUCGCGAACCAUUACAAAAUUCAGGCCGAGAAUGUGUCAUGCGAGCUAGACUACAGCGAGCUGAUGCGUGCCAGCGCUGAAGCUUCGGAAUUCAGUAACAAGCCAGGCCUAAUGGAUAUGGGAGUGCCUACGUGCGAUCGGUGUUUUUUUAUGGGUAGAGCAUGCAGAACUGACCAAAUCAAUGCGUGCAUAAACUGCGUCAAGGCUUUUCAGCCAUGCACCAUGACGGAGAGAAAGCAUCCUUUCACCAGAAGACAGUUUACCGGACAACGGUGGAUCAACCAUGGCUAUGACAUCAAUUUCAACAUCAUUAAGAAGCGGACUGAUGACCCUCAUAAGCUCUUCUGCAACUGGGAAGACGUACCCCUGCCGCCUCCGCCCAGGGCUGGAGAGCUAGUUUACCUCAGGGGAAGGAGUCUCGAACGACCGGAUCCUGAUCAACCGAAAGCUGAGCCCUGCCUUCCCUUCGAUAGGGCAUACCAGGUGCCGGACAGGAUCUACGAAAAGUACAAUUUGCACGAAAUAGACUGGCCAUGGCCUCUACCGGACCCCUUCCCUGAAGGAGAUGAGGAACCCACCGGUGAGACGCCGGAAGAACGUCAAAGACGACUUGCAACAAAGGCUGAAGUGGAAGAGAAGAGGGUCAGAUAUAAUAUGCGGCAAGAGGAGCGGCGCCAGAGGACUGGAAACGAGCAACUGCCUGGAACGCGCGAAAAGAGAGUUUACAGCAUAGAAUGGCAGAAGGCCCGGCAGAAACAAAUGAUGGCUGACUAUCACCAGCGAACCAGGCACAUGAAGGAAUCAAAACGAUACACUCGGGGAAGGUCCCGAACACAGUCGCGGGCUACAGCAUCGAUGGCAGAGACACGGCCUGAUAAACAGCUAGAACAACAGGUGGAAGAGCAACUACAGAAUGAACUCGAGCAACAAACAGAGCAUCUACCACAGAACGCACAGCAACAAACAGAUCAACGGCCUCCGCAAAGCCGGAUGGAGGUAGCAGUUCAGCAUGAAAUUAACAUUGAAAUGGCAGACGCGAUUAGCCAGGUCCAGGCGACAACCAAUCAAGCAACCGAGCGCUCAAUAAUGGCUCAGCCGAACAGCGCAAUGUCGUCUCACUACAGCAUCCCGAUUGACCCGACCCUCGAGAAGAUGCAGUUCUAUAACUCUCUCCAUCCUGGUCAGUUCCAAACCAACACCAGAUGCAGAUCAGGCUUUCAAACAACCACCUAUGAGAGGGCUCAAGCCCUGGGAAACACUAGAAGACAACGCCUGGAUCAAGGGGGUCGGGAGAAAAGAGGCCAAACCAAGAUGUUCGGUUGCGGAGAGCAAGAGAGAAGCGCCGCUACGAAUGAAUAUGAAGCCACAAACGAGCGCACUGUUCAAGCCAUUCAACCUGAUCCCAACCCCGUCGCUGGAUAUGGGUAUCAAGUCUUACAGCGAGCCUCUGGGGCUAACAAACCCCCCGCAGCCUCGACUUCAAGAAUUACACCCUUCACGGCGCAGGCCUCAUGGGACAACCCAUAUCUCGACCCGCCCGCCAAAGACACCGACGCAUUCGGCUAUUACGCGAUUGCGCGAGUGGAAGCAGCCCCUGAGAACCUCUUUGGAUACCCUGUUAUUCCGGUGUCGAAUGAUUCCAUCCAUCGUCCUCCCAAAGAGGCGCAAAAUGAGUGGCAUAUUUCAGACCCUAAGGCAGAUACAGAGUCACCAACCCCAGCUCCUGCUUACCCGACUUUCACCAUCCGAAAUACUCAGCAACACAAUAAAGAACACAAUGAUGGCAGCUCAGACGACGCCAAAAUGGGCGGCUUCUAA